CUUAAGACGUUUGGCGCACGCAACAAAAGGCGGUCUUACUCCGUCACCAAUAUUGAUAAGCAUUUCACCACAAAAGCUUUGAAGUAUAGUUGGAUUUUUCCUAGGGAACUUUGGGUCUUGUCUUUGCUAACCAGUGUCUGUGUCGGUCAGUAAAACCGUGUUAUGUAAUGCGCGAUCUUUCAAAUGCGGAAAUACAGAGUAUAGUCAAGCUCCAAGCUCAUAUUCGAGGUAUUCUGGCUCGCACAAGGUUCAAGAAAGCUUUACAAAUUUUUCGAAAUAUAGUAUCGGAAUGUGGUGAAUCCGAAGAUAAUUUAAGUCAGUUCCAAUACACGUUUAAUCAUUUUGGGAAGAACAGAACAUGUUCAGUCAACAGCACCAAUACUUCUGAGAAGUUAAAACUUCCUGAGCUGUACGCUCUCAGAAACAAUCUUUUCCUCGAAGCUAUAUGGUUGGAUCAGGCUAUCAACAGUCGUCGUUAUUUUCUGAUGUAUAAACAAGACUUUAAUGCACAUUUCGAUCAAUGAGUAUGUAGUGUAAUAUAAUACAACUUAUUUGCUCAUCA